AUGGCAAAUGCUAAUAAUGCCUCUUUAACGAUCAUGACAGGUGACGAGGAGUUGGAUAGACAAACUGAAUUAUUACUUAUAAAAGUUCAAAAGACAAUUGAUGAUCUUGAUAGUAGCUUUGAAGAAAUAGAAGGUUUAGUAAAAACAUUACACGAACAACCAUUAAGUCAACUAGCUUCAGCUAUGGAACCAAUUCAACAAGAUGCUUCUGUAAAAAUUACAAACACAGUUGAUCCACCAAAACCAAUAUUGACUAUUGAUCGUGUAGCAGCUUCAAGGUUUAUAAAAAAUGCCGUUUCAAAGCAAAAUAAAAAAGACGAAAGAAAAAAAAGAUGUACGAUUCCCUAG